AUGGAGGUUGAUGAUAUUCUUCGAGACUUUGAGGCUAGCAGUGCCAAGCCCGCCAAGGCCAAUAUAAGUGCCCGUCUCACCCAGGCAAUGCUUAAUGAAAGAAUGGCUCCGGAAAUCUUACCAUAUGAACAUGAAUUAAUGCAAGAAACUUUGACUCAGAUCGAGAACCAACAACAAUAUUUAUUGGAUUGCCACGAGUACGGCGACUCCAAUGCCGACCUGGGGCUUGUAAGCGGUGACUUCAAGCUCCAACUAAUGAUAAUCGAGACAGAUAUCGAAAGACUCAACUUUCUUGUACGAGUAUAUCUUCGAGCUCGACUCGCCAAACUCGACGAUUAUAAUUUGUAUUACAUCAAUUUGACUCUGGAUGCCGACAACAAAAUACUAUCCCAGGCCGAGCUCGAGUACUUGCGGAGCCAUUUCAAGAUUUUGACGAAACUUUACAAUAAUAGUUUUUUGAAAAAAAUGCCCGAGUUUCUCACCUUGUUGGAUGAUACCAGUGGAGGACAGUCAAUGAUUACGGCCCCAGAUACUAAUGAGCUUGUGUUUGUACGCAUAGGAGGACGAGAUCUAACUGUUUCCACGCUGGAAGAAGAUUUUGAAUUGGUAGCGGGUGGAAUCUACGUUGUUCGCUACAGCUUGAUUGAGCGGUACAUCCAACUGGGAGAUAUUGAUUUGAUAUGA